GGGAAUAGACGAAAGCUCAAAAAAAAGGCGUCGCGGCUCCCCGGGGUCCACACACAGGCGGUGGGGUGGUGCCCAUGGCUUCGUGGCUGUUGCUCCCUCUCCCCUCCUUCCCGUGGCCUCCCCCGCCCCCGCCCGGCUCCUCCUCCGGCCGAGGCGGCGGUGGCGGCGGAGACGGCGGCGAUUGGAGGCCGAACGUCGUCGCGGCCUUCGCCGGCGCGCAACUCGGCCGCUCCCUCCGUCGCCGCUUCGCCGGCCUCCUCCGCUCACCGGAGGUGCGACAUCUCGAUGCCUUGCCGAAAAUGGGUGACUUCUGGUUCGAAGGAUCAGAACCGUUUGCAACAUUCCCAAUUCUUGGUGCGAUAGGGAAUGUGCUCUCUGCACCCUAUGUUUGCAGCUCUGCUCUGUUCAGUGGGAACGGGUCAGGGGGUAGAUACAUCAGUAACGGGAAGUUGUUGUCCAGACGGCCUCGUGGAAUCGAUUCGAAGAAGAGGCUCUGGACUAAUGUCCUUCUUGCUCUUAAUGUCCUGGCUUAUGUCGCUCAGGUAGCAUCACAAGGAAAGCUUCUUUUGUGGGGAGCCAAGAUCAACAGUCUGAUUGAUAGAGGGCAAUUUUGGCGUUUGGCAACAUCAUCUCUACUUCAUGCAGAUCUCACCCACCUUGCAUUCAAUUGUUUCUCUUUGAAUUCUAUUGGGCCCAUGGUUGAAAUGUUAACUGGACCUAGAAGAUUUCUUGCUGUUUAUUUCAGUUCGGCACUGGCAGGUUCACUGAUGAGCUAUCGCUGUAGUGCGUCACCUGCAGUUGGUGCGUCAGGUGCCAUUUUUGGAUUGGUUGGCGCCCAUGCAGUUUAUAUGUGGAGACAUAGAAGAUUCUUUGGGAAUUCUAGGGAGAGUUUAGAACAUAUUGGGCGUGUGGUUGUCCUGAAUAUGGGUAUGGGCCUCCUCUCAAGGGGAAUCGAUAACUGGGGCCAUCUGGGAGGCUUGCUUGGCGGAGUUGCCAUGGCAUGGUUCCUAGGUCCGGCAUGGCAAUAUCAGUAUGUGGCAAAGGAUGGUAGAGCGGUUUUCAAAGACAGGGCUCCAGUCCUCCGACUAAUAAAGGGGUAGACUUGUGUUGUUUUGUAUGUACUUACGAGAGUAUUCGUGAAAAUAAUGUGGAAGAGAAGCAAAAGGGAGAAUGGUGAAGAUUCAGACAUAGGCCGAGCAAGGAAGUGGCAGAAAAAAAAACUUUUAACUAGUUUGGGUAUCGAAACAUUUCAUUGCAGGGCUAAUUGUUGAGGAAACACACACGAGGAGCUUAUUGCUUUGUUCGGAUCGUGGCAAUUGUUAAAUCUUCAAAGCCGAGACGUGUUGAGGCCUGUCAAUUGUAUUUUCAGGUGUUCCAGCCCUUAACACACAUUUUGUACUAACCUUAGGAUCUACCGUCAAGUUCUGACCUCGGACAUUGACUGUUACUAGGUUUCUUCUGGUCCUGUAUUGCACGAGAUGAUAAAAUAUGUAAAGAGUGUUCUCAGCGAACAGCGAUCCAUAAGUGAUUAAGAUAUUUGUUGUAAGAACAUAUGUUUUUGCCCCAACAAGAUUUUAGGACCA